AUGGAUGUGUGGAACGUCAGACCAACUGUUGGUAGACAAAGGAGAAAAGUUACAGGAACCAAAAGAUUGUCCAAGGUUCCUAUAAUAAGCAUGUAUAAACAGGGUAGGGCACGCAAGCCUCUAAGUGGGCAGCACAGGCAUUGUGAGAAAUGCUUCGACCGUCACUGCCACAUUCCUGUGGAGCCUGAUGUCUCCUGUCUGGUGAUAAACUGCCACCUGUCCUGUGGUGCUACCUUCCACAUGUGCAAAGAGGCAGAGCAUGAGCUCCUCUGCCCUCUGGAGCAGGUUCCAUGCCUCAACUCUGAAUAUGGCUGCCCCCUUUCCAUGUCCCGCCACAAGCUGGCCAAGCACUUGCAAGUGUGCCCUGCCAGUGUGGUCUGCUGCUCCAUGGAGUGGAAUCGCUGGCCAAACGUGGACUCUGAAACUACCCUUCAUGAGAACAUCAUGAAAGAGACCCCCAGUGAGGAGUGUUUGGACACAGCCCUGGCCCUCCAGGACCAGAAGGUCCUUUUCAGAUCUUUAAAAAUGGUAGAACUUUUCCCAGAAACUAGAGAGCCCACUCGGGAGGAAACUACCAUGAAUGGUGAAGCCACUUGGGAGGAAAUGGGAGGAGCAGUGGGUGGAGUGGAUGCCAGUUUGGUACCACAUGGGUCUCUGUCAGCAGCUAAUGGAGAAAUGGUAGAGCUGAGUCAAGAAGAACGAGAGGCAUUAGCCAAAACCAAAGAAGGGAUGGACCUGGCCAAGUAUGACAAGUGGGAAAAUAUAUUCAGCAAAGAGCAUGCAGCCUCUGCUUUAACAAGUACAUCAGUGAACUGUGACAACAAUAGCAGGAACAACCCUGGAAAAGAACAGGUUUCCAAUGACAAUAACAUGGUAAGGGAGGAUGAUCUCCAAGAGAAAGAGAAAGAACCACAGGAAAAACAGAAGCAGCAGGACUUUAAUGCAGUCGUGGAAAAGACAGGGCUUGCCCCUUGGCAGGAUGGUGUUCUGGAAAGACUGAAAACAGCUGUGGAUGCAAAGGACUAUAAUAUGUAUCUGGUGCACAAUGGGAGGAUGCUUAUUCACUUUGGUCAGAUGGCUGCUUGUACACCUAGGGAGAGAGACUUUGUUUAUGGCAAACUUGAGGCUCAGGAAGUAAAGACUGUUUACACCUUCAAAGUUCCUGUGAGCUACUGUGGGAAGCGGGCUCGCAUUGGAGAUGCCAUGUUGAGUUGUAAGCCAAGUGAACACAAGGCAGUAGAUACUUCAGAUUUAGGGAUCACUGUGGAGGACCUGCCCAAAUCAGAUCUCAUCAAAACCACCCUCCUGUGUGCUUUAGAAAGAGAACUUAAAGGUCAUGUCAUCUCCGAAUCUAGGAGCAUUGAUGGGCUGUUUAUGGAUUUUGCUACACAGACAUACAAUUUUGAGCCAGAACAGUUUUCUUCUGGGACAGUGCUGGCUGACCUCCUAACCACUGACAACCCAGGGGGGCUCCAUGUGGAACUCCACAGUGAGUGUGUGACCCGGAGACAUAACAAAAGCAGCUCUGCCUUCACUUUCACUUGCAACAAAUUCUUCAGGAGGGAUGAAUUUCCCUUACAUUUCAAGAAUGUCCACACAGACAUUCAAUCAUGUCUCAAUGGCUGGUUCCAGCAUCGAUGCCCUCUCGCCUACUUGGGAUGUACUUUUAUUCAAAACCAUUUCCGUCCCCCAGGACAAAAGGCAAAAGUGAUUUAUAGUCAGGAGCUCAAGACCUUUGCCAUCAAGCCAGAGGUUGCUUCAGAGCUGGGUGAGAGAAAGAAGAACAACCAUCUCUCAGGCCGUGGAGCAAAAAGCCAGAAUUCUCUAACCAGCCUACCCCUGGAGGUUUUGCAGUACAUUGCUGGGUUCUUGGACAGCAUCAGCCUGUCCCAGCUUUCCCAGGUAUCUGUGCUGAUGAGAAAUAUCUGUGCUACUUUGUUACAAGAGAGAGGGAUGGUCCUCCUACAGUGGAAGAAGAAAAGGUAUUCUCAUGGAGGCACUUCCUGGAGAGUCCACAGAGAGAUCUGGCAAUUCAGCAGCCUUUUCUCCAAAGUCAAGAGCUGGGAGUUUAAUGAAGUUGCUUCCAUGUCUGAACACCUGAAGGCCUGUCCUUUUAACAUUGUAGAGCAUAAGACUGACCCAGUUCUUCUGACCAGCAUGUGUCAGCUCCAGGAGCAGCCCCGAGAAACCUUAGUCACCACCUUUAGAACCAGACCACGAGGAAGACACACUUGCUAA